AUGGCUGCCUUGCCUUCCCAACACGACCUGCUUCAGCGCCUCCAUGACUACCGUAUCUUUGACGAAAACCGCCAGAGCGAGAUCGACUUUUUGAUCCAGAGCUGUAUUAAACUCAACAACACGUGCUCCACCCUAGAGUCAGAUCUAGAGGAUGAGAGAGCUACCCGCCGCAUGUGGAAGAAGCGUGCCGAAGACGCCGAAGCUGCCGUGGCUCGCAAGUAUACUGUGGUCCUCGUCGACGGUGAUGGCUUCAUAUUCCGCAAGGCCUUCUUUGAUGCCCUGAACACUUCCGGUGGCUCCAUGGCGGCCAAUGAGCUUUACAACCAAGUCAUCAAGCACCUAAAGGCGGCGGAUGCGCUUCCAGGCAUUAAUCCCGACAGUGAUGUCCUUGUCAACAUCUAUGCAAAUAAGCAAGGCCUGGCCCGAACCCUUGCGGCUGCCGAGUACCUUAACCACCCUUCCCAGAUCGACACCUUCUUUUGCUCCUUUACCCAGAGCCGCAGCCUUUUCCAGUUUAUUGAUUGUGGUCCGGGAAAAGAGAGGGUCGAUGCUAAGUUACGAGAUACCUUCCGCUUCUAUGCAAAUAAUGCUCAAUGUCAACGCAUCUACUUGGCAUGUUCUCACGAUAAUGGCUACAUCGCCGAAUUCGACAAAUAUCGCCAUGACCCCGUGGCCUCCAAGGUGGUCCUAGUCCAUGGCGCACAAACCGCUGCCGCUGCCCGAGCCUACGGCACUUUACCUUUCAAGACGACAAGAUUUGACAAUGUUUUCGAGUCCUCGCCCUUAGAGAUCAUUCCCAAGUCCGAGCCGGUUUAUGUCCCACCCACCCUCGAAUCACUCAGCCUAGCUUCCUCCUCCACCGAAAAUGGUAGUUCGGAUCUGACCCCAGCUGUCAGUAGGUCGAGCCAUUCGUCCAACCCGACCCCACAAUCCUUGACAACCAUGGGUACACUUCCGCUCAAUACCAGUAUCAGAACCCAUUCUCAACCUCAGUUGUCCACACCACCAACCGAGGUAGCGAGACCGAAACCUGCCCCUCCGGCUCAUGUUGCAGCUGUUAAUGGGGGCCACGAAGGCAAGGGCGGAAUCCCAGUCAACCGCAACGGCCAAAGAAUCGAUCUAAAGAUGAGAACUCCCACAGCAUCGGAAUUGGAAAAGUUUGAGGAUCGUAUCGCCAUUCGGAAGCUCUGUAACGAGCAUCAUCUUCGAGACAACUGUGAAUCGUACAGUUGUCGUUAUGACCACGAACCCAUCGACGCCGCUAUGAGGAACACCUUGCGCUAUAAGGCGAGAAGCAUUGCCUGUACUCAAGGAUCCAAGUGUCGGCGAAGCGAUUGUUUUUAUGGCCACCAAUGUCCGUGGGGUAACAACAGCUGCGCAAAUCCGAAAUGCUCCUUUCUCAAAGCUGGUCUGCACGACAUCAGGGAUCUGGAGAUUGCCAAGGUCGUGGCAUCUGCUUAA